CUGUCAAAGUGUCAAAUAAUGAUUGUUUUGACUUUUUUUUGCUUUUUGUGUUUGGGUGUUUGCCAUCAUGUUAUCUAGAGAUAGAGAAUAGAUAUAAAACUGUCUUUUUAAGUUCAAGGACAUUAAUAUCGAAAAUGUGGAAUAAAUAAACACAAAUACUCUGUUUAAAAAUAUCUUUAUUUACAUUUUUUCAUUCAAUGACAUUAUUCAGUAUCACGUGACCCUGUAUUGAAUUUUAAUUGGCCAUCGGUGAGCGUGCCCUGCGCGACGCGAGAGGCGCAAUAAUAGUUCACAAAAAUGCCGUCGGAAUCUAAGCCUUUGUUGACAGCCCAAACAGAAAAACCAAAUCAUUAUAAUCCGGUGGCUUCAUUUUGCAGAUAUCUGAAGGAAUUCCGAGUCGAGCAGUGCCCGUCGUUCCUACAACACAAAUGUACACAACAUAGGCCUUUCACAUGUUUUCACUGGCAUUUUAAUAAUCAAAGAAGAAGAAGACCCGUCCGGAAGAGGGAUGGCACGUUUAAUUAUAGCGCUGAUAACUAUUGUACCAAAUAUAACGAAACGUCGGGGAUAUGCGAGGAUGGGGAUGAAUGUCCGUACCUGCACCGCACGGCCGGCGACACGGAGCGGCGCUAUCACCUGCGCUACUACAAGACGUGCAUGUGCGUGCACGAUACGGACGCGCGCGGCCUCUGCACCAAGAACGGUGCGCAUUGCGCCUUCGCGCACGGCGCGCCCGACCUGCGCCCGCCCGUGCUGGACGUGCGCGAGCUGCAGGCGCUGGACGGCGCGGACGGCGCCGACGGGGACGUGGCGGCGCCCAACGCGCUGGAUAGGGAAAGGAAUUUGAUGAACGAGGACCCCAAGUGGCAAGAUACAAAUUACGUGUUAUCAUCGUACAAAACGGAGCCGUGCAAAAGACCGCCCCGGCUGUGCCGGCAGGGCUACGCGUGCCCGCAGUACCACAACAGCAAGGACAAGCGGCGCUCGCCGCGCAAGUACAAGUACCGCAGCACGCCGUGCCCCAACGUGAAGCACGGCGAGGAGUGGGGCGAGCCCAGCAACUGCGAGGCGGGCGACGGCUGCGGCUACUGCCACACGCGCACCGAGCAGCAGUUCCACCCCGAGAUCUACAAGAGCACCAAGUGCAACGACGUGCAGCAGGCCGGCUACUGCCCGCGCGGCCUGUUCUGCGCCUUCGCGCACGUGGAGCCCGAGCCGGCCGAGCGCGCCGAGCUGGCCGAGCUGCUGGCGCCCGCCAACGGCUCGGGCGACGGCUCCGAGUGCGCCAGCACGUCCUCGGGCGGCUCCAGCGGCCGCGCGCCCGCCGCCGCCUGGCCGCCGCGCGCGCCCUUCGACGCCGCCGUGCUGCACGAGGUGGUGGGCAACGCGCUGGACGACGGCGCGCUGGACGACCCGCUGCACCUGGUGGCGGCGCUGGACCGCGAGCUGGCCGAGCCCGAGCCGGCGCCGGCGGCGUCCGCGCCCGUGGCCAUCCCGGCGCGCGUGCGCGGCUUCAGCCCGCCGCCCGGCUCGCCGCUGCCGCCGCUGUUCCGCUACGGCAGCUUCGGCGGCGGCGGGUUCGAGUUCGGCGCGUCGCCGGGCGCGGGCGGCGAGUUGGCGCGCCUGCGCGAGGAGGUGGCGGCGGCGCGGCUGGCGGCCGCGCGCUGGGACGAGCGCAUCGCGCAGGCGCGCUCGGCGUGCGAGGCGUGGCAGCGCGAGUCGGACGAGGCGGCGCGGUCGGCGGCGCUGGCGGAGCGGCAGCGCGACGAGGCGCUGGCGCACGCCAUGCAGCUGAAGCGCGAGCUGGAGGCGGCGCGCGCGCCCCGCCGCGAGCUGCGCGGGCUGCCGCUGGCCGCGCUCAAGGCGCUGCAGACGUCGGCGCGCGCCGAGCUGGAGGAGAUCGAGAAGGUGCUGUACCUGGAGACGGCCACCAAGUGCAUGGUGUGCGAGGAGCAGCCGCGCAGCGUGACGCUGGCGCCGUGCAACCACUACGUGCUGUGCGACGCGUGCGCCGCCACGGCCAGCGAGUGCCCCUACUGCCAGGCCACGCUGCCCGCCAAGCCGCACCACCACUAGCUCUCUACUGCACCAGUACACCGUACACCUGUGUGAGUACUUCACCUUGCAUCGCGUGGAUGUAUCCACAAGAAGUUUUAAUGACGGAAAUGAUUCAAAUAAUAAUUAAUCAAUGGAUAAAACGAAUAGAAUCUAUUAAUAAAUUAUUAACUUUUUUCUACUCUAUAGUAUAUUUUAACAAUAGAAUGGCGGAUAAUGUGUAACCGAGAGCAUUAAAAGUUGUUUAUAUACACUAUUUGACCAGGCAGAGCUGCAAAACCUUUUUAACGAUGUUAAUAUUGUGAAGACCGACCUUUUUAUAUUUAAAGCCAACUGAGGAACUAUUCCAUGAAAAAAAAAUGUUUAAUUAAAUACAGAUGCGUACGUUUUUAUAUUUGUCUAUUAAAAUAUAGAAAUAACUAAAUAUUUUUCUUAUAUGAAUGCAUAUUCUAAUAAUUAUGUAGAGCAUGAUUACAUCGUAGUUUUUAAACCAAUCAAAUUUAACUAUGCUUUUGAUGCUAAAUAAUUUUUAUUUAGGACUGCAGAGUAGUGGACUUGCUUUUGAAUACUAGUAUAACCACUUAAGAGAUCUAAAAACAAAAUUUUAUCAAACCCAAAUAGAAAUUCAGCAGCUCAAUAAAUUAUUAAAACUUAAUUUAUAUAUUUGAGGAACUAAUUUCAAUUAAUCGGAACUAUACUCAGACAUUGUUUUUAUAUAUUUUUUUAUUUAUAAUAAUAACUUAACAUAAAAUUACAUAUUUAAAAAAGAGAAGUAAUUUUAACAAGACAAUCACAUUUUUGGUUAUUUUCAACCAAUAGUUCAAAUUAGUUAAAUAUUGCUGAAGAAUAUUAUAAUUUUGGGAUACUUAUAAAUAAUAAAAAGUGUUAUGUCAAAACUUUUACAUAAUCAUUUGAAAUUUUAUAUAAUACAUUUAAAAUGAUACUCAUUGUUGAUGACAGUUCUUUUAUCAGCAUCUAAAACUAAAAUAGAAUUUAGAAGAUUUAUAGGGAAUAGUCGUUUAAUAGUUAUCACUCUACUAACGUCUAUACUAUACGCAAACUAACGUCUCUACUAUAUGCAAACCACCAAUAUAUACGCAAACGUUGUCGAAAGCGUUUACUUUCCUAUUUAAAUAUACAAUGACAAUUUGUUCUAUAUAAACGAAAAUAUAGUUAAUCCAAUUUACCAGAAACCAUAUUAUAUGUAAUUGAUUAAUAAAAAGUUUUAAUCAUGUCUGCAUUAACGUAAAAUUUAAAUAAUUGUAAAGUGAACAAAUUGUGAUAUAAUAUCGGCAUUGAUGGAUGUGCUAAUGAUAAUCUACAAAAAUAACAAUAUAUUUUCGAAAAUCAAUUAACUUUAAACAAGCAAGUGUUGAUGAAAGAAUUGAAGCAAUAUUAGUGAUUAGUAAAACACAGACCUUAAAAUGUAUUCAAAAUAGUAGUGUUAGGGUGUGUUACCCCUGUAGUGGAGAAUAUCUGCAGGAUCGACCAAUCAGAAGCUCGAUUGAUGACGUGAUACAACCUGAUUGGUGACACUCACACUGCUUUACUCCACUAGGUCGAAACACACCCAUAGUUUUAUAUUCAAAGUUUUGCAUGAUCAUAAAAGUUUAUACAUACUUAUGAUAGUUCAUAUAAUAGCUAUACAGGAUGUUGUAUUUAAUUUGGGUCCAUAUUAGGAAACCUUAAACUAAAAACCUUUUUAAUGCUUAAAAUUCUUAAAAUAUUAUUACUAGUGAAUAUUUUUUGAGGUUUAUUUUUAUUGGAGAAGUUUUAUAUAUGUGUAUGUGGUACCUUCUAAUAAUUACUGUUCGCCAUUUAUUCCUUAUCAUAGAAAGUAGAGCGGAUGCAUAAAACUUACCUAAAAGUAGUUGGUCCAUGACAUUGAAUGAAUAAAAUGACUAGUACACUAAAAUUUUAGAUUAGAUUAAUUUUGAAAAAAAAUCUUGAUUAAUUUUGAAAAAAAUAAUCUUAGAAAAAAAAAACCUUUAUUUUAAAAACACCAUCAGUUUAAGGUUUCUAUACCUCUAAAAAACAAAACAUCCUGUAUAUAAUAUAUAACCUAUAUAAAUGUGACUAUUUAUUAUUAUUAUUAAUGAUAAUCAAGCAUUAACCUGGACUUGUUGAUUGUUACUUUUUUACAUUUCUAAAUAAUAAUCAUACAUACAUAAGGAGUAAGUGUAGAUUCGCUUCAGUUUGGACAGCACAAUAGACUGGCUUCAAAUAGACUUUAAGGACCAAAUAUUUGAUCAAUGUUGCCUAACUAUAUUCUAAUCGCAAAUUCAACGUUUAAUGAAGUACUGCGGGAAGUCUAAAUUGUCUCAAUUAUAUUUAAAAAAAAAAACAAAGAAAUGUCUUGUCUAUGUCUUAAUUAUAGAUAUUUCUAAAAUUAGACCCUAUUUUUGACAGUCUAUUAAAAACUUAUCCAUUUUCUAUCGUCUUAAUGCGGAAGUAAUAGUGUUUCUUGUUUAAAAAAUGAUGUUAAUAGGAAUUAGCAGUUCACUUGAAGUUAUCGUAGAUCGACAUAGAUAGAUCUUAAAAAUUUAUAGAUGAACGCAGAAAGUUUUUUACACCUUACAGCGCAUUUUUUGUUACAUUCCUAGUUAUAUUCUUUGUAGGUUUACACAUUUUUUUUUAUUCUAACAUAGUUUAGUAAUCAUACAGUUGAUUCCUAAGUCGAGGAUUAUUAAUUACCGUUAAGGAUUAGAUGGAAGCAGUUUGUGGUAACAGUUAAAUUCUGCAGGUAGAUCAGUUAUUAUAUUUGCGGACAUAAUGCUCGCGCAAUGAUUUUUAUGGCAAAUAGUGUACAUUUAUUGAUGCACAACAUAGUUAAAUUCUGUUAGUGGUUACAGAUAUCACAAAUGUGUCCUUGAUCAAACAGAUUCAAGUGUAUUCCAAGAUUAUAUAACAUAUACCUGUCGUUAAGUCCAAAUCCUGAUAAUAAAUUUCCUGGUGUCUUCGAAAAUUAUUUAUUAAAAGGAAGCCCCAUUUUUAUUAUGGCACUAAAAUUAAAAUAAAUAAUUAUUUAUUGUAAAUGCGGCAUGUGGCUGGAACCAUUGUCGAGUUGCAUCUGAAGUUCACACUUACCUGCGUUGUUGUUGACACAACUGGAUGGUUACUAAACUGUGGUUUUUAGAACAAUAUGGGAAUAAUCGCAUUUUCGUAACCCAAACUGCUUAUUUUGUAUAUCUAACAAAUUUUUGACAAAGGUUUUUACGAUUUCGUAUUUGUUAUUUAGAAAAAAAUUACCCCUGACGCUUUCAUUUUUAAAUUGACCCAUAGACUGAUAAUAAGUAAAAGGGCUAUAAAUUUACACAUACAUCAAAAAUAAUUUUCAAUGAGGAUGCUUUGUGUACUUUAAAUUUUAUUUUUACAAUGUUGAUGCUUACGUAAGUAAGCUUAAUAGAAAAAUCAUUGUUUUUUACUGUAAUUGUAAUCAAAUCAAGUUAAAAGACUCUAAGGAGUCUAAAUACGCUAUUAUGUUAUGCAAAUCGAUUUUAAUUUACAAUUAAUCCAUUUUGACAGUUUUAAUUACGAACUGUCAUACAUAUUUUCUUUCGCCCGAUUUAUCGAUACAUUUUUAUUUUGGUUAAUAAUAUAUUUUAUAUGUUCGUUUUUAUUAAAAAGAAUCUAUUAAAGGAAAAAAUAUACUCGUAUUAAUAUUAUUAAUAAAAAAUACAUAGCUAUCUUUAUAAACUAACGCAUUUUAUAGAUUUUUUUUCUAAUUUUCUACAACUAAAAACAAAACAAAACAAAAAAAAAAAACAAAAUAAAAAUAAUAAUAACAAAUAAAAUAUUUAUAUUAUAAUAUAUAUUUUGAGAAUUUAAACAAAAGGUUUUUCUUUUUCUGUUUACGUAUCGGCAUAUAUAAUGUAUAGUAAUAGUGAUAACAAAUUGAUUUUAGGAUUAAUAAAUCUUAUAGCCGCUUCACACUAGCGCUUUUUCUGCGCACGCUGUCGUCGAAACGCCAGUGUGAAGGGGCCCUUAGACGUAAGUAGUGUUUUCAAAUUGUAUUGGACAUUAUUUUAAGUGUAGCAAGCAACGUGCAUGUAACCGGAAGCAAUACAACCACAGCCGCCUUUUACUUGAUAACGAGAUAUAUUAUAUAUAUAUUUAUUUAUUAGGGCGACGGCCAAAUAAUACAUAGUUAUAUUGUACUCUAGUAGAGCAGAGACCCGAGCGCCGUGCGCUAUGUUGGAGCGCGAACAUUACUAAAGUUAUUCACAUUGGAUCCUGAAAGUCUCUACAUACUCUCAUGGGCCAAAAUCCCGGAUUAAAUAUCAUAAAGGGGGCACAAAAAUAUACUUUAUAUACGGUUUCGUAGAAAUGAGAGGAAUUAUCUACCUAAAUCACCGAUCUCUAUUAAAAAGUGGAUGCACAAACAGCGACCAAAAAAACGUCUCCACUCAAUGAGUGCCACAACUUCUUGGCACUCAAAUAAAGUAGUCGCAUUUGCUAAUUCAACCUUAAACUCGAUCCUUAAGGUUGAAUUUGCUCUGAAUUUAGGAUUUUAUUGAAAAUUGGACUAUAUUUAAAGGCUUUUCGGAAUAAUUUUCUUUAACAAUAAUUCUAAAACUGUCAAAGCAAAAUUGGCCAGUAUUUAAGUGAAAUUUCCUACAUGAUUGUGCGUCCUUAUAUUAUAAGAGGUCAAUGUCCUAAAACCAAAAAUAUCGCAAUAAUCUGUGGCUCAUUGGGACUAUAAAAGUCCCCAUGACGUUUAUGUGGGAACGAGCUAAGCUGGAUGAAGUGGGACUGCGUACUAUUUUGCACCUUAUAUACCUUCAUUAGCGUUGUAUGAUAGUGUGGCCUCUGCCCUAUAAAGUGCGUCUACCCACGCACGUAAUACAUUCACGCUAUUUUAACGCCAUCCACUUACGAUCAAGUUUAUCAUCAAGUCUGCAGGACGCUUAGGGAUGUGAAACCACGAUCAUAUUUCGAUAAAUUAGCAGUCAGUAGAAUCUACAGAUUUCAUCGCCAACCAGUGUAGCGUACGGCCAAAAAUUAUAGUCUCAGAGACGGUUACAACAUAUCGCUUGGAUUAAAUACAUUGAAAUGUUUUUGUAUGAUUAAAUUAAAGCGUGACCUAAGAUUUUGUAAACUGGUUCUAAUCGAGACUAACGUCUGGAAUAUUACGGCUUCGUCAUUUAAGUCCUUUCACACAAUUUUUACGACUUGUACUUACAAAGUGUGUGACAGGACUUUAUUUAUAACGAUGUGUACGAAGUUACAAGUUUCUCGCAAUCGUGUGUUUCAAUAUUUGAAAUGUAAAUGGAAUUUAUUAAUUAAUGACUUUCGUAACGCGUUACAUUAAAUUUUUUUCGUGUGUUUAUUCGAAGUGAUAGGACCGUCUUUGUAUACUUCGGUCCCAGAGUUCAGCUAAAUGUCGAUACGGCACAUUUUGUCAUGGUCUGAAUAGUGCACGCUUUAAUAAAUGUUUGUGAGGCAUAGUGUAGGGCUUGUGUAAGAAAUGUAAGCCGUGAUUAUAUGACGCUAGAGAUAGUGACACUGCUCUUGUACUAUAUAAUGGUCCGUAUACACUACACAAACGGUAAGGGCGUCGAACUUAUCACCGGGGGUGGUGGUUCGAUCCCCGCCCCGUUGGUCUAUUGUCGUACCUUCCCAGUUGGAGGGGAAUGGAAAUAUUGCUCAUAUAAAAAAAAUAUAUGGCAAAUAUUCUUAAAAAAAAAAAACAAUCACGCUGUGAUUGUGUAGUGUAUACGAAUAAGCGUGAAGUAUAGUCUCUUUUGUCUUGUUUGGUUAUCAUGAACGACCAUUUUGAAGGAACGUAGUUUUAAUCACCCUUUAGCGUCAUAUGACACUAUUAUGGUCAGACGACAACAAUUUUCGAAACAAAAGUGGUGAAACAUUAAUACACAUAAUAUAUAAAUUAAAAUGCUCUGUAUAUUACUUAUAUUUCAAGUGGCGCACGUGGGCAUUAGUUCUUGAAUAGGAAUUGAUAGUGUAAGAGCGAGCGAUUGUUUAGGCCUAAACAAUAUUGUCACAAAUAAAUGUUGCGAGUCGUGUGAAGUUAUUUAGAGAGAGUUUUAAUGCGUAUUGUAUUGGCCAAAGAUUUAAAUCUGUAGAUGUGCCUUAGGUGUACGAAAAUCGUGCAGUGAGUUUGAUGUGUGUUUCAAAUAAUUAAGAUGCGUGAAUACUAUGGAAACACUCAAUAAAUGUUAUAUAUAACUUUUUUAUACCUGGCACUUCAAAUCAUUUACACAUGGAAUUUGAAUAUUGUCCUCAAAUUGAUUUGAUAGCAUUGUCUUUUCAGUGUGACGUCACGUCUUUCGCUUCGUAGACACUACACAAGGACAGUGAAUUUUUUGAAAUGUCAGGUAAAAAUGUGAAAAUUGACGAGCGCAGGGAAGGCUCCUAUCAGAAAACCCAAGAUGUACAGGGAAGCUGGGGUAUGACGACAGACUAACUGUACCAACGAGAUUAGUUGUUGUUAUGGCCGGCCGCUCAGAGAUUGCGUUUCUGACCAGUCUGAUCGAGCCUGCUUGCUCCGUCAAUCAUUCGUUUGUGUAAAGAAAAUAUGCUGUAUCAAGUCAUGUCUACGGUUGAAAUCUUUGGUAUUAACUAUGUACUGUAAGUCGGGGUAACUUUGUCAACAGUGUAAUGAUUUUUAUUGAAUUUUUAUUAAUCAUUUUAAUUUAUUAAAUGUAAGAUUUGUAAGUUGAAGGUAAGGUGAUAAUGGCCAAGAGAUAUAACGUUAAAUAAUCAGGUUCUUCAAUAUGGCGCCUCGUACAUUUUAAUAAUUAGAAAUGUAUUUGUGUAUAUUUUGUUGAAACUUUGUAGAAAAUGGAAUAUGUAAUGGCUUUUCUACACCUUAGGCCAUAUAGCAAGGUGGUCUGAUUGUCACAUUGAUUGGUUGUCUUCAAAAUUUUGUCUAAUCAAUCAUCACUGGGCAAUUAUUUUAAGGCGAUUUAUGCUCUCUGACAUGCUCUAGAUUGGAUCGCUUGUAUUUGUCAAUCGUGCCUGAUGGUGUAGAGAAGCCAUAACACUAUUGGUCACUUCAAACAUUGUUGCCCCGAUAGAGUGUAAUGAAAGCAAAAUGUACUGUGUUGCCAUCUCGUAUAGUAGCUUGCUAGUGUUUGUAUUUCUAAUAAUUUAAAAAGUUAGAUGUGUAUUAGAGUCACAUUUAUUUUUAUAUAGAAUCUUUAUCACAUGGAGAUAUUUCAUUGUCGAUAUAAAUAAAGCUAAUGUAACUAAUCUUCAUAAUGUUAAAAAAUAACUGUCUAUUGGAAAACGAAAUAAAAAAAAAUGCAAAUUUUAUGCGCGCACCUUUUUGUGUUACUCGUGAUUGUGUACGAAAAUUACUUUUGUAAUUUCGUUUAUAUUUGAAACCUGUGUAGUUAACUUUGCAAAUUAAACAUAUCAAAACAUGUAUUGUGUGACCGAAUUGUUUUACGUUGUUUGCACAAAAUUGUACUUUUUAAAACACGCUCACAAUGCCAGUCGUGCAGACUCGACCACACGCGGUGUGUGUUAACUUAAAUACAUAUGACUAGUAUUUAUCUUCUGCCGCACGAAUCGUAUUCUUAAUAGGCUAGUUGACACUUUUUUUUAAUGGUCAUAUAAAGUUUAUCAUCGUUCUACUAGACUACAAUUUUUUUUUAUAUUUUUUUGAGACUGGAUUGACAUGAAAGUAUUAGAUUUAAAUAUGUUUUUUGACAAUACGAGCCACAACGACGGUCGGCCAUGACCGUCUACAUUUCAACUGUUUCAUGACGUCACUACAAUGAAUGCGUGUGACAAAAAUUAGUUUGACGUUUAGUACAUCAAGGGUGUUAGUGACGUCACAAAAUGGACGACAGCGUUUUUGACGUUUGAAAAAUUUGAAAAAAUACGUGAUGUUUAAAUUAAGUUUUAAGAGAAAUCCUUAACUUUUAUUAAUUGAUAUCGAUAUAUUUCGGACCCUUAUUCCAUGUAUUACACGAAAUUAAUAUUGUUUAUAUUAAAUUUGAUACGAGUCAACUACCCUAUUUCAGAGACGGAAAAGAACUGCGGGUCGAGUGGCAUGUUGAGUGUGUUUCCAUCAGUAGUCGCUUUUAAUUUUUAUUACAUGUAAUAUUUAAGUAGAUCCCCCUCUUUAUAUUGAAUCAAUGCACAUAUAUUAUAGUGAAAGAGCUGGUGGAAAUGUAUGGAAUCGUGGCUUUUGCGAAUUAUUUAGAUUUAAGAGAAUAUUAAUUUUAAACAGUUUUCGUCAAUUUAUGACUAUAUUGAGGUAUUUAGUUCCUUACCGAAUAUAUUCAGCAACCACAACAUGACGUCUACGUCACAACUUACAUUUUUUCUUUGAUUUUUUGACUUAGCCAUUAAACCUAAAAAGACUUGAUGCUUUCGUUUAGUCUUUUUAGGUUUAAUAGCUAGGUAGGUAAUUCUAAAAAUGUAAGAAGUGUGUCUGUGUACGUAAUUUCUGGUCUGUAUAAUAUAUAUUAAAACGAACGAAGGCGCGUGUGUAAUAUUGAUUAAAUGGAUGCAAUUAUGGACGUCGGUAUGCACUGUGGACGCAUUCGACUCAAAUGUUAUGUCAAAAUUACCACCAGCUCCUUGGCUAUGUAUGCAAAAUUGAUUGUAGUGUUUUUUAACUUUGACAGGCGUGGUGUGGUUCAGGUUGUUGUGUUUAUUAUGAUAACGUUAUUAUAUUUAAGGUAAUUUUUUUUUACAUUUUUUGCAUUGCAAAACAGUUUUACAACUUGCAUUUUGUGUUAGUUUCCUUCUUUAUUUAGGACCAAUUUUUGUUUUUAAUUUUCGAUGUUGUGCAUCAGGCAUAAUAAUUAAUAACUAUUUUUUUGAAAUAUUAUUAAAUAUUUUUAAUGUUUUUUUUAAUUAUUAUUUAAUCAUUAAUUAGGUAGGUAGGUCCAACAAAUUUUUUCAAAUUAUUAUUGUUAAUUAGAAGUGGAUGUUAUAGUAACCAAUGCGUUCACGUUAGCAGAUCAAAUGUAUUGUUUUUUUUUAAUUAUUAUUAUAUUUAUUAAUCUAUGCAUUCAAACUUAUACUCUGUCAUAGUAGGUAUUUUAUAAACAAAGUAAUUUUCAAAUCCAUGUGAUACAACAUGUAACAGAGAUGAUUAUAAUAUUCUAGGUAGGUAGGUUUAAUAAAUUUUAAAUUCCAUUCAAUAAAAUAA